AAGGGGGCCGGCCCGGCAGUAGUCGCCGGUUUUGAUUGGUUGGUCUCGGCGAGGGUUGUUCCUGUUCCGGUUCCGGUUCUGGUUCCGGUGGCUGCUCGGCAGUCACCAUGAUCGGGGACAUUUUGCUGUUCGGGACACUGUUGAUGAACGCGGGAGCCGUACUCAACUUCAAGCUGAAAAAAAAAGACACCCAGGGGUUUGGGGAGGAGUCAAAGGAACCAAGUACAGGUGACAACAUCAGGGAAUUCUUAUUGAGUCUCAGAUACUUUCGAAUCUUCAUUGCCUUGUGGAAUGUUUUCAUGAUGUUUUGCAUGAUUGUGUUAUUUGGCUCUUGAAAGUCGUGGCUUAAGUGAGAACCAGGAGCCAACCUUAUAAAAUGUUGAUUCUCUGUUCCUGACAACUUUGAGAAUGUGUUUGACCAGAAACUGUUGACCUUCCUGCAGAGUAAAAGUUUGUGGGACCAGGGGUGGGGUGGGGAAAAGAUGUAUGCAAAGUUCACAAAGGUCCUUUAGCCACAGUUUUAAUUUUCAAAUGACACUUUAAUGCAGCCUCUGAAAUUCAGCUCAAUUCACUUGGCAUUUGGUAUUUUGAAAGGGAUCAAAAGUGCUAGGGUAAAUGUUCAUUCCCUCCAGAUAAAGAAAUAUGUCUAGAUCUGGCAUGGAAACAAACUAACCUCUGGAGAGUUGUUUUAGAAGAUCUGUGUUUAAAGUUUAUUUUUUGUGGACCCUAUUUUUGGUUUGAAAACAAAACACAACUGAUAUUUUUGUAGUUCUCCUAGUACCUGUGCACUGCUUGGUGGCUGGUUAGCUUUUAAGCUCCAGUGAGGUUUUUUUCUCCCUAGAGUUUCUGAGUAGUGAAGGUCUAGCUUUGCUGGCCCAGAGAGUGAUGAUUGCACUGUGCUAAUCAAUCAGAGCCCUUGGACUGGCACAGUUAGUGUGCUCAUUUACUACAUUGCUUUAGAGAACAGGUGCUCCUUUAUAGGAGAAGCUAAUUUUAACACCUCGACAGAGGGACAAAGGGAACCUUUAUGAGUUCAGUGAAACACUUAAAGAUUUAAAGAAUAUCUGAUCUUAGUGUUUGGUACCAAUAAUUUUUAGGGAAAACAUUGUGAAAGCUCUAUCUUCACCUCAAAACCCUCUUAGUCAAAGCAUUUUAUUAAGUAAGAGCCAGGAUAUUGUUUAGUUGUGAUAUUAAGGCCACAUUCUAAGUAUUUGAUCUCCCCGGGACUGCCUUUUUAGGUGGUAAUUUAUAGGGCAAAUUGGCACUACUGCAUGUAAUCCAGUGAUUUUUGUACUUCUCAACUUAAAAAGCAAUGAAAUAAGAAAUGAAAUUGCCAAAAGGAAACUCUGGGGGUCGGAUCACUACACUUAAGAUGACUCUUUUGUUAUUGUUUGUUUUUUAAAAUUCUUUGAUUGUAAAGAAUCCCAGGGAGGGAAAAGGUAAAUAUGGAGAUUUGCAGAAAGAAAUAUUGAAAAUAAAACUCAUCUGUAAAAGGGG